AUGAUUAAAGGGAGACUGCCGGUCGGACAGAUGUCUUCAGUCGUAGCCCCAGCCAAGCCAGCCAACACCAUGGGUCCCAAGGAGGUGGAGCUGAUACUAGUGAAGGAGCAGAAUGGGGUGCAGUUCACCAACUCUACGCUUGUCAGCCCUGGCCAGACCCACCCCUCAGGAGAGGAGCGGGAGACCUGGGGCAAGAAGAUUGACUUCCUGCUCUCUGUCAUUGGCUUUGCAGUGGACCUGGCCAAUGUCUGGAGGUUCCCUUACUUGUGCUACAAGAAUGGUGGAGGAGCCUUCCUUGUCCCCUACCUCUUUUUCAUGGUGAUAGCUGGGAUGCCUCUGUUUUACAUGGAGCUGGCACUGGGACAGUACAAUCGAGAAGGAGCAGCAGGUGUUUGGAAAAUCUGCCCAAUAUUUAAAGGCGUGGGGUUCACGGUGAUCCUGAUCUCCCUGUAUGUUGGCUUCUACUACAACGUCAUCAUUGCCUGGGCCCUUUUCUACCUGUUCUCCUCCUUCACGGGGGAUCUGCCCUGGGUCCACUGCAACAACACCUGGAACAGCCCCAACUGCUCCAACCUGUGGACCUUCAACAGCACCUCCAACAACACCCACACAGCCACUCCCGCGGCCGAGUACUUUGAACGAGGAGUGCUCCACCUUCAGGACAGUGAGGGGAUUGAUGACCUGGGCCCCCCCCGCUGGCAGCUCACCUCGUGCCUGGCGGUGGUCAUAGUGGUGCUGUACUUCAGCCUCUGGAAGGGGGUCAAGACCUCAGGAAAGGUGGUGUGGAUCACCGCCACUAUGCCCUACGUGGUCCUGACAGUGCUGCUGCUCAGGGGAGUCACCCUUCCUGGGGCCAUGGAUGGCAUUAAAGCUUACCUCAGUGUGGACUUCCUACGACUCUGCGAGGCCCAGGUCUGGAUAGACGCUGCCACACAGAUCUGUUUCUCUUUGGGAGUUGGGUUUGGUGUGCUAAUAGCAUUUUCAAGCUAUAACAAAUUCAGCAACAACUGCUAUAGAGACGCCAUCAUCACCAGCUCCAUCAACUCACUGACGAGCUUCUUCUCGGGCUUCGUCAUCUUCUCUUUCCUGGGGUACAUGUCCCAAAAGCACAACGUGGCCCUGGAUGAGGUGGCCACUGACGGACCUGGACUUGUGUUCAUAAUAUAUCCAGAGGCUAUUGCAACCUUACCUGGAUCGUCUGUUUGGGCUGUCAUAUUCUUCAUUAUGCUGCUAACUUUAGGCAUUGACAGUGCUAUGGGUGGGAUGGAGUCCGUAAUCACAGGACUGAUAGAUGAGUUCAAAUUCCUGCACAAGCACCGAGAGCUUUUCACGCUUUUCAUUGUGGUGUCCACCUUUCUCAUUUCCCUCUUCUGCGUCACAAACGGAGGGAUCUACGUGUUUACCCUGCUGGACAAAUUUGCAGCAGGGACAUCGAUUCUCUUUGGAGUGCUUAUUGAAGCCAUCGGCAUCGCCUGGUUUUACGGAGUGGACCGCUUCAGCGAUGACAUUCGGGAAAUGAUUGGUCACAGACCGGGCCUGUACUGGAGGCUGUGCUGGAAGUUUGUGAGCCCUUGUUUUCUCCUGUUCAUGGUGGUCGUCAGCUUUGCGAGAUUUGACCCUCCUAAUUAUGGGACGUACGUGUUCCCACUUUGGGCUAAUGUGAUUGGCUGGUGCUUAGCGGUAUCCUCUAUGACAAUGGUGCCUGUCUAUGCCAUCUAUAAGCUCUGCACGCUACCUGGACGCUUUUGCGAUAGAUUGGCUUACGCCAUCACUCCAGAAACUGAACAUCACUUGGUGGAAGGCGGUGAGAUUCGGCAGUUCACGGAGCUCCAGGUGAUCAAAGGUGUGGUGGAGUUUGGCGUGGGAACGGCGGCAAGUUUAAACCGAGCAAGUGGUUUGCCUCCAAGAAAAAGGAGGGUGCGAGCUUGA